AUGCAAGCCUACAAAGCGGGGCGCCUGAAUGGAGGUAGCACCAGAGGUCGCCCGCCCCCAGCGCGGGGUGUCGAGGUCGCUCCCCGUUCCAAUGGCGCAAGUGCCUUUGGGUCAGAUGCGAUGCGAUACGUCGGUGUACGAAUCUCGAGCCCCAAAACAAUAUCAAAAUGGAGACGUGAAGUCUGGCUCGGCUGCAAUGUGAUGUGUCCGCUGCAUCCCGAUUCCCGAUGCAUCGCAGAACGUGGGUUUGAUUAA